UUAAUAAGUUCAAGAACGCUCUAAAAAAUAUUGAAAACUAUAAGAUUUUUUGUUUUUAUUUGUCGUUAUUUUGUGAAAAAUUUUAAUAAAAAUUAUGAAUUAUUUAAGAAUUUUAUUAUCAAUAAUAUUAAUAAGUGCAAUUUCAAUUGAAUCAAUAGAAUCGGCAAGAAUUCUAUGUGUUUUUACAACAAUAAUAAAAUCUCAUUUAAUUAUACAUGAAUCAUUGGCAAGAGGUUUAGUUGAACAUGGUCAUAAUGUUACAGUUAUAACAACAAUACCAUUACCUAAAAAAAAUCCAGGAUUUGAACAUAUUGAAAUUAAUAUGCCAUCACAUCAAGAAGAAUUUGUUAAAGUAUUAAGUAAAUUAAAUGAAAAUUCUAAAAUAAAUGAAAUUUUACGUAAAACAAAUUUAUUAACUGAAUCAAUAACUUUUUUAACUAAAUGUGCUAUUGAUGUAAUUAAAAGUGAAAAGAUUCAAGAAAUUUUUAAAACACGUGAAUAUGAUCUAGUUAUAUUGGGAUAUUUUUUCAAUGAAAUACAAUUAGGUAUUGCUGAUCAUUUUAAAUGUCCAGUUAUAAUUAGUUGGGUAAAUACAAAUAUCGUAAAUACUGAUAUAUUUGUUGGAAAUCCAUUGGAAAUGUCAUAUAUUCCAUCAAUUUUUGCAGAAUUAAAAACCCCAUUGAAUUUUUUUGAUAGAGUUGUUAAUUUUUUAAUAAUUGUUUAUGAAAAAUUACGACAAUAUGAUUUAUUGAGUCAACAAGAGGAAGUUUAUAGGGAAAUUUUUCCACCACAGAAAGGAUACAGAAGCCUUAAUGAAAUGUUAAGAAAUGUAUCGGUUUUAUUUCAAGCAACGCAUUUCUGUAAUAAAUUAAUUAAACCAAUGACUGUGAAUACAAUUGAAAUUGGUGGAAUUCAAGUUAAAGAAAAAUCGGAUCCAUUGCCAGAAGAUUUAAAAAAAUUUUUAGAUGAUGCUAAAGAUCAUGGUGCAAUAUAUUUUUCAUUAGGUACAAAUGUAAAUUCAUCUGACCUAGAUCAAUCAACAAUAAAUAAAAUGUUUAAUGUUUUUAAAAAACUACCACAAAAUAUAAUAUGGAAAUGGGAAAAAGAUAAUAUAAAACCAGGAAAAUCAUCAAAUAUCCUUUUUAGAAAAUGGUUACCACAAAAUGAUAUAUUAGCACAUCCAAAUAUAAAACUUUUUAUAUCACAUGGUGGUAAUGGUGGUAUUACAGAAGCUAGACAUCAUGCUGUUCCAAUUGUUGGUUUACCAUUACUUGGUGAUCAAUUUACAAAUUUAAAAAAUGUAAAAACAUCUGGUUGGGGUCUUUUCUUAGAUAUAAAAAAUUUAAAUGAAACAGAUUUUUAUGAUACAAUACAAGAAGUAUUAUAUAAUAAUAGUUAUAGAGAUAAUAUAAAAAGAAUAUCAAAAAUAUUUAAAGAUCGUCCAUUAAGUCCAAUGAAAACAGCAAUAUAUUGGAUUGAAUAUACAUUAAGGUAUAAUGGUGCUUCACAUUUACAAAGUUUAGCAAUACAUAUGCCAUUUUGGAAAUUAUAUUCAAUUGAUGUUAUCAUAUUUCUAUUCAUUAUUAUUUAUUUAAUAUGGAUUUUAGUAAAAAUAUUAAUUAAAUAUAUUUUAAGAUUUUGUUAUAAUAUUUUAAUAUUUAAAAUAUUAAGAUAUAAUAAAGAAAAAAUUAAUUAAAAUAAGAAUUCUUUACAAUAUAUUCAAUGAACAUAAUAUUUUAUAUAAUAUAUAUAUUUGAAAAGAUGUAGAUGUAGAACGACAUGAUGUUGUCUUUAUAUUAUAUAGUUAUUAAAUACUCAAUUACAGAUUUUCUUUUGAUAAUUAUGACAAUAAUAAAAUAAAAUUUAAUAUAAUAAAAUAUCCUGUCAAUUUUAUAAAUAAAAUUUCAUGUUA